AUGAGUGGAGUUUCUUAUACUAAAAAAGCAAGAAAAUCGAAAAAACGAAGCACAGAAAGGAUCAUCACCGAACGACAAAAACCAGACAAUGAGUUGCAACAUCAAAAGACGACUUUCCAGUUGGCAAGAACAGCCGAACACGUACGAUUGAGAAAGUCCAUCAGAUUACAACAAAAAUCAAAAAAGGAGAGACCUGUCAAAGUCCCAUUUCUACCCGAUGAUAUUAUUCAUAAUGUGUUCGAGCAGUUGCCCUCUCAUUCCAGAUUUAACACCUUGUUAACUAGUAGACGAUUUUGUCGUCUCAUGGUUCCAAUUUUGUGGAGAGCUCCAUUCAUUACACGGUACCACAAUUUCAUACCGAUGGAGACCUCAAAUUUAAUUCUAGUAUACAUAUCAUGUCUCAAUGUCUCUGCGAAGUUGACAUUAAAACAAGCUGGCAUUGUACUUCCAAAUAGUCCACCGCCUCUGUUUCAAUAUCAAUAUUAUCUUAAAGAGUUUUCUUUGAUUCUAUUCGAAAAGAUGAUUGUAGAUUGGUUUGUCAAAAGUCAAAAUCUCGGAGAAAAUCGGAAAAAGGCAUUGUAUUUUGACAAUCGUUCAAGCUUAUCAGAAAGUUCAGUAAAAGCGAAGAUUGAAAUUCUAUUGACUGAGCUCUCGAGGCUUUUAUUUGAUUCCGCUUGUUUAAAGUCAAUCAAACUUUCUUUAACUUCCAGAACUUUAUUUUUACCGGAAAUCUUGUCAUUCUCGAAAUUUGGUCUAAUCUCGAAUAACGUUACAUCUUUAGAGCUAAGCACAACUUGCUUGGGCGCUUCUGAUUACAUCAAAGAUUCAACACUAGGAUUAUUAGAAUCAUUGAAAGCCUCUUUUACGAAACUUCAAAUUUUGGAUAUAAGAUGCUCCAAUGCUCAUGUUCCGGAAUAUUUAAAUUUAAUCAAAGCCCAAAAUAAUCUUGAGAAAUUGACCUUACGACACUCCCGCCUAGUAAAUCCCGUUCUUAAGACUUUGUCAACGCUCUCCUCGACUCUGACAUGGUUAGGAUUUCAAACACUGUACCUGAAAAUAAAAUCUCUUGCUAUCCUUGCGAAUUGCCAGAAUCUUGAGACUUUGGUAUUUCACAACAUCAUGGAGUUUGAUUCUGAACCCUCCGCCUGUGAGGGAACUCCAAUCACACAAUCUUUAUCCGUCAAGAAAAUUUUUAUAUUUGAUGAUUUCCUUGACGCCAAAUUGGAUUUCAAAUUACUAUUUCAGAUGACUAGAAACUCCCUUAAAGAAUUAACCCUGGAGAUUUUGUAUUCCAAUCGUAUCCGGUAUAUUCUUUCUUCGAUAGUGGAAAAUACUUUAGAUCUCAGAUAUCUAGCGCUGCACGUUAAACAUUCGGAUAUCGAGUUUGACAAAUUUUAUAAUUGGAUGAAAGCGUCAAAGUUAGAGUCAUUGGUCUUGAAAUCAAAAGAAUACUAUUUUGGUACCUUCGUUAAGGAAUUAAGCAUAUAUUUUCCUGAAACUUUGUCACAUUUAGAUCUUGAAUUUUACAUCACGCCCGGUCAAUUAGCGAAUUUCUUGAACCGAUGCAAUCAUGUGAGUUUCAAGAGGAUUGGAUUAAAUGAUUGUAGAGGCAUUACAGAUGAACACUUGCACAUACUGAUGAAAUAUGCGGAAUACUAUGGAAGCUUGGAAGUUGUAGAAUAUGACAGGUGGCCGCUAAAAUAUCUGAAUAAGUUUGGGAGACUUGAUAUGUUGUUCGGAAGAGAAGUGAGCUUUUCAAAGAUUAACGAAGAAAAAUUAAAGAAGGCUGGAAGGUUUAUUAAGGUUAUUAGAAGGGAAGGAUUUGAUCCUUUCGAAAAUUUAGGAUCAGCAUUUUAUUGA